GAAAACGGUUCACUCUGAUGACGUCACUCGCAGAGUUGUCAUGGCGUCUUUGGGAUUGAAGCUGCUGCUGCAACUGAGCUAAAAUCUGUCGACAGUCUGUAAAUCGAAAUGGAGAAAAAUGCAAACCUGCAUCGAGACACCGACGGGAGUUCUUUGUGUGCCACGAUUGCGGGAGAGAUGGGCGAUGUUACGGCUGUCGGCCGAGUGAAAGGAACAGCCGAGAAAUGCAAGAAUAGUGAGGCUUCUCUCAGUACUUUGGUUAACGUUAGUUGUAAUAACAGCACUAUAAAUGUUAGUGCUCCCAGCGCUGGUAAUGCAAUUUCCAGUGCUGGAAAUUCUGGCGUACCAGAAGUGAUCCAAGUCCUCCCAGUGCAGGAGGAUAAAAAGAACACCAACGCGAGCGGGUCCGGGGAUCAGAUCAGUAACGGGAUGGAGAAUGACUCGGUGCUGGCUGCAGAAGAUAGCGAGGGUGGUGCCUCAAAGUUAGUAAACAACAAAAUCGAUGGCCCGUCCUCACCUCCCGCUAAGGGGGGCACAGAUGUGCAGGCUGUGGUCCUGGCUUGUGAAGAAAGUAAACCGACAAAACUUGCCAAACCAACUCAUCUGUGUCCGGACAAUGCAAUCGCAGCAAACGUCAAGCCGGGGCUGUCCGGUGAUCACACCUUAUCGGAGGGAUUGCCGAGUGGGAGUGACCCCGAUCACAGCCUCGGUGUAGAGUCCCGCAGCAUAGAUUCACUCGAGUCCUUCUCCAACCUCAACUCCUGCCCCAGCUCCGACCUGAACAGUGAGGGACUGGAGGACAGAGGACUAGCCCUGGCCCUGCAGGGCGAGUAUGGGGCUGAUGGGACAAAGACUUCGUGUGCUAAGGACCGGGCCGCCGGCCAGUCCAUAUAUCACAUUAAGUGGAUCAAGUGGAGGGAGGAGAAUACGCCUAUUAUCACCCAGAACGAGAACGGCCCCUGUCCAUUACUGGCAAUUAUGAAUGUCCUACUGCUUGCAUGGAAGGUUAAGAUGCCACCUAUGAUGGAAAUUAUAACUGCUGAGCAACUGAUGGAGUAUCUUGGAGACUACAUUCUGGAAACCAAACCUAAAGAGAUAUCGGAGGCUCAGCGGCUAAACUAUGAGCAGAACAUGAGUGAUGCCAUGGCGGUGUUGCACAAGCUGCAGACAGGUCUGGAUGUGAACGUGAAGUUCACAGGGGUGCGAGUUUUUGAGUACACACCAGAAUGCAUCGUGUUUGAUCUGCUUGACAUCCCUCUCUACCACGGCUGGCUGGUUGACCCCCAGAUGCAAGACAUCGUUAAGGCAGUGGGCAACUGCAGCUACAACCAGCUGGUAGAGAAGAUAAUAUCCUGCAAACAGUCAGACAACAGUGAGCUGGCAGGAGAAGGCAUCGUUGCAGAGCAGUUUCUGAGCAGCACAGCCACUCAGCUUACGUACCACGGCUUAUGUGAGCUCACAUCCACCGUACAGGAGGGAGAGCUCUGUGUCUUCUUUAGGAAUAACCACUUCAGCACCAUGAUCAGAUUCAAGGGCCAGCUGUACCUCUUGGUUACAGACCAAGGUUUCCUGACAGAGGAGAAGGUUGUUUGGGAGAGUCUGCACAACGUCGAUGGAGACGGCAACUUUUGUGAUUCCGAAUUCCGGUUGCGGCCUCCCUCCGAUCCGGAGACUGUGUACCGCGGCCAGCAGGAUCAGAUAGACCAGGACUAUCUGAUGGCGCUGUCACUGCAGCAGGAGCAGCAAAGCCAGGAUCUACAGUGGGAGCAGCUCCCUGAGGGCAUCAGUGACCUAGAGCUGGCAAAAAAGCUUCAGGAGGAGGAGGACCGACGAGCCUCCCAGUACUACCAGGAGCAGGAGCAGGAGCAGGCGGCGGCGGCGGCGGCAGCAGCAGCGCAGCAGGGCCAGCAGGAGCCUGCCGAGGGAGACGAGGGGGACAGAGGCGGUGCAGGAGCAGGUGGAGCAGCAGCCGGCACUGGGACGGCAGCAGCAGCCGGCGCCACACCCAGCCCAGAGAAAAAACAGUCCUCUAGUGGGGAGCGCAAAGCCAAGAAAGAACCGAAGGAUAAAGACAAAUGUGUUAUUUUGUAACAUACAGCGUGUCUGUGUGAGUGUGAGUGUUAUAUGCAUUUGCGUAUCUGUGAGAAGGGGAAAGCAUUUGUUUCUCCUCGGGCUGGACACACAAUGCCCAGCCCCCAAUGGAUGACAAACGAGGGAAGGAGACAUUUUGAGGAGAGACUAAAAGAGGGUUUGCUGUUCCCAAACCACUGGUGCCUGCCUCUAUCCUCAGUAGAACCUGGACAUCAGAGGAAAGGACACUACUAACCCCACAACAACAACAACUACCCCUGGUCUUUCAUAGAGUCGGCCAAACUUUGUUACAAGUUGCACAGUGCACUAUAUUUGUGAUGUGGAGUCAAGUUUAUUUGGGGUGGCAUAUUUUAUAGCAAAAGAUAUAAUCUGAAGAAACAAAAUGUCACCAUGUUCUUUUCCAUUUUUCCUUUCUGCUGCUCAUAAAACGUUUUUGUACGUAUCAAUAUUCACUAAACUUAUAUAUACAGACGCACAUUUUUUUAAGUUGAUGCCAAGAUUCACGUUUUAUUUAUUUAUCUGUGUAAGAGGUAUCUUUUGGGAAAGGUUUUAUUUUUUUCUGCAAACUGAGAGGGAUUUGCUUACAAUGUUGCCUCCUGAAAAUCAGUGUAACACUAUUUGUCCCCUCUGAAACCCUAUGUACCUAAGGGUUAACAAAUUCCAGAUAGCUGCCAGACACUGUAGCUAUGGAACAAUAUUCAUCACAGCUAGCCCUGUUCAGAUUUGCCUUACCAGAGUAUGGCAUUGUCAAUUCUGCUCUGUUUGAAUGUGUUUGUUUUCAUGCGUUCGCUAUGUACAGUACACGUGAGGUACAAUGGCGUGUGGCAUACUUGUCUCAUUUACCGUGCACCGCUGAUGAAUUUGGAAAAAGCCAAAUCUUUUUCGCUGUAUUAUUUUAGCUACACAUUUUUCUCGUCUUUUAUGUUCUGAUUCUAUUUCACAAAAACAAUGUUCUGGGCGGUCAAACUAAGAAUAACGUUGCAGGUUUUAACAGGAAUUUUGUCUGAAUCUGAAGGUGUUUCUAGCUUUUGGCAGAUUGGAUCUGUGUUAGAUUGCACCCAGUUUCAAGUGUAUAGUAGCUCUGAAAGGCCAUUUUCUUUCCCAGUCUUGUCUUACAGCUUCCUAAAGAGUGUGUGCGUGCGUGCGUGCACGUAAAAUAAAUACGGCAGAAUUCAGUAAUUUCCAUAACAUAAUAUUCUUCUAAACUAGGAAGUUCUAACAAUAUAAGUGAUAUUGUACUUCUGACAUGUACUAUUCUUUUCCAUAAACCUGAAUCCAAACCCUGAAAUCUGUGACACCUGACAUUAGUUUCAACUCCAGUUACAAUGUUGGGAACCUGACUUGUGUCCUGCUGUAGCUGUGUUGAUUAGAUAUUUUCUUCCUUGUGUUUAUUUCAAAGUUGCUUUUUUCUAGUCCCCUUCUGUGUCAAAAUUCACAGGGAUGUAAAUUGAUCUGUUUUUUUGUGGAACGUAAGGCCAAAUAAUCAAACAGCUGCCCUGGGGAUAGAUUAUACAUCUAAAUUCUGUGGUAUCACCUUUUAACUUGUGUGCAUUUCACUGCAGCGUGCAAACAGCAUGUACAUAUUUACCUAAUGCGUUCUUAUAAUAGAUUUAGUGGUUUGUGCCAUUAUUGUACCAUGGGACUGCCUCCUGAGAAACUUUUCUAUCUAUACAUUCCAAGUGGAUGCCUUGACUCGAGCCCUCUGUUACAGACUGAGGGAAACAGUUGUCCUAGUUCUUUGCAGUGCUUUUAAAGUGCGGCCUCCGUUAUUUUGUUCAGUGAGAACAAAUCCACUGUCAGGACAGGACGAUUACAUUGAGGCAGAAGGCUUCCUGCUGUGUGGGAACUCUUUCUUAUGGGCUUAAUGUAUUGGCUGGAGUUUGAGCUCUGUUUGUUUGGCCCUAACAAGGCUGUGUUUUGUGUGUGUGUGUGUAUAUAUAUACAUAUAUAUAUAUAACGCCUUACGACAUUUCAACAUAUUUUAUAGGACAUAUAGGUUAUACAUAUUGGAAGGAAAUGGGCGUAUUCGCAGAAUGAGACAAUCCAUGCUUUUUUUCCACAUGAACAUCAGAAAUACUCUCAGGCCUUUUGUGAAGGGACAUAUCCUCCGGUGUCUUUUACGUUCCUUGGCCUGAAGUCACUUUCUCAGUCGCAUCUUUAGGUAUCUGCUUUUGUAGACACACAAAUUAUUUGGACACUUUGGACUUUUAACGCUAUAUUAUUUAAGACCCUCAUUGUUGAACUUAAUACUAGAAAACUUUGAAUUAAGCUGCUCCUCCGUUGUGUAAACUUGGACUACCUGAUAGAAAAUAAAAACUUUUAGAGAGGGUUGAGAAACA